AUGAAAGGUGAAAUCAGAACAAACAAAAUACUCCAAGGCAUAUCAGACAACUACCUCCUCAUAAGCAAAAGAAUAGACAGCGCUCUCUGGAGCCCUUCUGAUUUUGCAGAGAACCAGGCUUUUAUUGUGGACUGCAUGCAGAGCUACAGCACAAACAUAAAAUAUAAGGGAAAGUACGCGUUCAUUCGGGUGCUGCAUGCACAGGAGAUCUGCUCUUCUCUGUUCUCUCUUUUUUCAGCCAUCUCAGCUGCUCUUUGUCUUUUUUUUGUUGCAAAGAUGGAAAGUAAGCGCACAAGGAAGGAUUCUUCCACCAGUAGCCCAAAUGCUCAAAAAGUUGCAAAGUAUUUUCACUUUUUAAAGUGCGUUCUGGCUCUGCACUCUGCCACCUGGCUGGGCAGCUGUGUAUUCCACAUCAGAGACUGCUAUGCAACGCAGUGCUUAGACUACUUUGGAGCUAUCCUGAGCAUUUCAUCAACUAUUUUUCUCUCCAUAAAAAGACUGUCUAUCUCUGCAGAUGCAGCCCAGUAUUUUCUCUCAGUAUUUGUAGCAUGCCAUAUUCUGUACAUGCACUUCAUUCACUUUGACUUUCUCUACAAUGCAGCCAUCUGCGGUGUGCUAUUUGGCGUCAAUGUCGGUCUCUGGACUCUCUGGUACAUGCGCAUAAAAAGCGCAGUGUACAGCAGGCUCCUUAAGAUAAGCAUUUUCGGGAUGGUUUCUGCUGCAUGUUUUCAGAUAGUUGAUUUUGGCCCUGUAUACUUCAUACUAGACUCGCACGCUCUGUGGCACAUUCUCGGCUGGAUUUUCAGCUGUUCAUUGCAUCUUUUCAUUGCAAUAGAUGCAAACUCUCUCCUAAAAGACUUCAGUGCUUUUGCAUAA